AUGAGAUAUGAAGCUGUAGAACGAAUUGGAUUAAUACCAAGAUCCAUUAUUCGUACUUUAGAUAAAUUAAAAAAACAAUUAUUGCCUGGUGUAGAAGUACUAGCUAUUGAAGAAUAUAGAAUAUCGCGCUAUCAACUUAUUGUAUCUGUUCAAUCUUUAUUAAUUUUAUUUCUUGUUCCACCUUUAGUAAACAUAAGUUUGAAAUUUUUGCUAAUUAGACCUAUUGUAGAACAUUACUGGAAUCGUCCCGGUAAUGAGAUUUUUUUGAAUUCUGAUCAAAAAAAGCGUGCAUUAAAAGAAUUUAAUUUUGCUCAUGAAAUUAUUUAUUUUGAUUCACUUGUUGAUGAUGAUUUUUUUGACACAAACAAAAACAUAGGUCAAUCAUUACAAAAAAAAAUUUUUGAAAUUACACAAACUUAUAAUGAGCAAAGUAUUAGAGCAAUUACUAAUUUAAUUGCAGAUUUUUGCAGUAUUUUCAGUAUAUUUAUUAUAUUCUCUUCGAUGAAACCUCAAAUGAUUAUUUUGCAAUCAUUUUUGGCGGAAUCUCUCUAUAGUUUUAGUGAUACUACAAAAUCCUUUUUAUUAAUUUUAGGGACAGAUUUACUUGUUGGUUUUCAUUCACCAAGAGGUUGGAAUAUUUUUUUAAAGUGGAUUUUUAUACAUUUUGGCUUUUCUGAGAGUAGUCUAUUUUUAUCGCUAUUUGUAUCAACAUUUCCAGUUUUUUUAGAUACAAUCUUUAAAUAUUGGGUCUUUAGAUCUUUAAAUAGAAUAUCUCCUUCUACUGUUGCUACUUACCAUAAUAUGCUAGAAUAA